AUGGUUCAGAGACAGACCACGAUGGCGAUGGUUCAGAGACAGAUCGCGAUGGCGAAAGAGAGACAGGCUCCUAAAAGGUUUGAUUCCCUUUCCUCUGUCUCUCUCUCACAUAUAGAACCUCACCUUCUCACUUCACCGAAGUCCCUCACCACCGUUACUCACGUCCGUCGCACAUCACCGCCGCCGCAAAUCACCACGGCCACCGCCGCAAUACGAACUGGUGUUACUGGAAUUCUCUGCAGCAGAUUUUGCUGUGAAGUCAUAUUAACAGACCAUAAUGAGGAAGUCCUCAAGGCAAGGUCUAAUGGUGGAGAAGUGAAAUGGGGAAAUUCUGAUCAGCUCGACCAAAUUUUGAAAAGGCAUCCAGGUGGAUUUGAUCUGGUUCUUGGUGCUGAUAUUUGCUUUCAACAGUCUAGCAUCCCAUUGCUUUUUGAUACUGUGCAACAGUUCCUCCACAUUCGGGAGGAAGGAAAUUGCAAAUUCCUACUGGCUUUUGUUUCCCGAGCCAAAGUUAUGGAUGCGAUGGUUAUCAGUGAAGCUAAUGAAGACAUGUCACUUGGUUCAUGGUUUAUUGGUCUUGAAGUAGAGCACAUUGGUGACCGCAAUAUGUGCUGCGGGACUCCACCAGAGAAAAACUCGCAUUUGACCAUUCCUGGUUUCUCAAGUGAAGAGAGGAAAAACCAACAGAACCAU